AUGCCCGGCUCCAUCUAUCAACCCGAUGGAGGCGAGUCUAGCCGACCCCCCCCUCGUUGUUUAGCUUUAUUAAACCCUCCUCCUUCUUCUUCUAGUCCUCCACCACCCCCAUUAACGUCGACCGUCAAUAGAACCGGGCAGGAACCGGAGAUUGAUACGGAAAAAAGGAGGGAGGGGUUGAUAUCGACGCAAGACGAAGAGCUGAGAUUCGCCUUGGAUCAAUUCUCCUUGUUGGGUUUGGAGGAUACGAACGAACCGGGUGGAGGUGGAGGAGGUGGAGGGGGUGGGGAGACGGAACCGGAGCCCCCCGGGACAAGCCCGAGUCUUCCCGGUACCUCUCCACCAUCAUCAUCAUCAUCAUCAGUUUUUGGUAACUUCUCACCUCAUCAACUUCAACCUCUUUUGACCGAUCAGAUGAAUAUACUCGGCAAUAGGAAAAAAAGCGUCAAUAUGACCGAAUGCGUUCCCGUACCCAGUUCAGAACACGUCGCUGAAAUCGUGGGCCGGCAAGGUUGCAAAAUCAAAGCCCUGCGUGCCAAGACAAACACAUACAUCAAGACACCAGUGAGGGGCGAGGAACCCAUCUUCAUCGUCACCGGGAGGAAGGAGGACGUGGAGAUGGCCAAGAGGGAGAUCCUCUCAGCUGCUGAGCACUUCUCCAUGAUCCGAGCGACACGCAACAAAGUAAAUGGGCUGACGGGUGCCCUGCAGGGUCCCCCCAACCUGCCGGGCCAGACCACCAUCCAGGUGCGGGUCCCUUACCGCGUGGUGGGGUUGGUGGUGGGACCCAAGGGAGCCACCAUCAAGCGCAUCCAGCAGCAGACGCACACCUACAUCGUGACUCCCAGCCGGGACAAGGAGCCGGUCUUUGAGGUGACGGGCAUGCCCGAGAACGUGGAUCGAGCCCGGGAGGAGAUCGAGGCCCACAUCACCAUGCGGACGGGUUCCUUCGUGGACGUCAAUGCCGACAACGACUUCCACACCAACGGCACCGACGUCUGCUUGGACCUGCAGGGUGGUUCUGCUGGUUUAUGGGCCAAAGCCCCACAUCCAGCCCGCCGGCCCGCGGCUGCGCUGCGCAACGACAGCCUCAGCUCCCUGGGCAGCGCCUCCACCGAGUCCUUCUACAGCGGGCGGGUGGCGGAUAACAGCCCUACCAGCCCUUAUAGCACCGGAGGGGGAUUCACUUUCAGCGAUGCGCCAGCCCCACUGGGCCCAGAGGAAUGUGACUUCGGCUUCGACUUCUUGGCCUUGGACCUGACGACGCCGAGCGCUGCCGCCGCCAUCUGGUCGCCCUUUGAGCGUGCUGCCAACCCCCUGCAAGCCUUUGGCGGCUCACAGAGACGCAACAGCGGCACGGCCACACCACGCCAUUCACCCACCUUGCCAGAGAGCUCCGGAGGGGCCUUGGAGCACCCCUUGGCACGCCGCAUCCAGAGCAACCCCGUCAGCACCUUGUCCUGGUUGCCCACCCAGGGCUCGCUCUCCUCCUUCUCCACCAGCACAGGUUACUCCUCCUCCUCAUCGCUGCCCGGCAGCGUCUCGGCCGCUUCUGGUUCACCCACCGACUCCAGCAGCUCCGACGGUCAUCGCAAGAGCUCCCGUGAGUGCAUGGUGUGCUUUGAGAGCGAGGUGAUCGCCGCCCUGGUGCCCUGUGGCCACAACCUCUUCUGCAUGGAGUGUGCCAUGCGUAUCUGCGGCAAGGCCGAGCCCGAGUGCCCCGCGUGCCACACACCGGCCACCCAAGCCAUCCAUAUCUUCUCCUAGCCGAUGCCAGCUUGAUGCAGCGAGCAGCCCGGCUCCCUUUCCCCUCCAACUCAACUUUUUAAGGACUUGAAGAGGUUGAAGUCAACACGACCGUUGGGGCCAACGCAACACUUGAGGUCAACGCAACCGUUGGGGUCAACGCGACCAUUGGCAUCAAGGCAACCGUUGGCAUCAAUGCGACUGUCGGCGUCAACCCUUUGUAUUGAAAGGAUUGGACUUGGGGGUGCAGGGAUGGAGAUGCUGUUUCUCCAGCUGGAUUGAAGCCGGAGGGGACAGGAUUGAAGAGGGGAGGGAAGAAAGGGGCAGAGCAAAAAGGGGUUGGGAGGGUGAGGGGAGGAAAAAGGGGGCAGACGAAGACGACGAGGGAGAGAGAUGCAGAACCGCAGUGAGGAGCAGAACCCAAUGUUUACAGAAUAGCUUUAACUCUUAGCCCGGCUGUGGCAGCUGGGGAAAGAGAGGAAGCCCAGCUGUUGUUCAACAGUCCUUUCCAAAUAACAGUAUUCAGUUUGCAAAGUUAAAUAAACAGAGAGAAAAGGGUCCCGGUUGCACUUUUUAUUUUCAAAGGA